AUGUGGAAAAUGUACACUGACGGCGACGAUCUCUCAAACACUAUUUUACCCGAUUUGAGUGUUGAAAUAAAAUAUGUUCCACCAAAUGAUGUUGGUAAUGAUUCAGGAAUUAUGUUGAGUAACUCAAAUACUCCAGAAUGUUCAACCUCAGUAAACUCAAACCCUAUUAUGCCCGAUUUAAAUGUUGUUUUUGAAAGAUAUAUUGAUGUUAUUGAAAGCGAAAGAAUAUCUCAUGAAAUUGUGAAAAACAAGUUAAAAUGGUAUCAUGGCAUAGGAUUGGGUUGCACUUUUAUUGAUUGUGAAUUUUUAAAAGAGGUUCGUUCAGGGUAUUUUUCUUCGUGGAUAUUUAAGUGUAAAAUGUGUAAUAUGUUGACUAAAAUUGAAUCGGAAAAAAAUGACCUGGGGUGUAUUCCAAUUAAUAAAGCAGUUGUCAGUGGUACAUAUGCGAUAGGAAUAGGACACACUCAAGUGGCCGAAUUUUCAGCAAGUAUGGAUCUUCCAUGUAUGACACACACAACACACAUGAAAAUAGCUGAAACUUUGAGCGAUGAAGUGAAAAAGACUGCUUGGAAUGCAAUGAAACUUGCCGGAAUAGAGGAAAGACGAUUAGCAUUAGAAGCAGGUGACGUAGAUGAAGAUGGUAUACCCAUGUGUCCAGUUAUAGCUGAUGGUCAAUGGAGCAAAUGUAGCUAUCAGCCCAAGUACGACGCAUUUUCAGGAGCG